AUGAUUGUUUACAACAAAGCAAAAACGAAAGCUGUCAUGUGUUUGAAUCAGAGUGAUAGUUAUAUUAUUCCAUCUACAGUUCAAAUAUUAAAUAAUGAUGUAUUUAAAUCAAAUAAAAUUGUUAACAAAAUUGAAUUUGAGUCUGAAAGCCAAUUGACUGAUAUUUAUGAAGGAGCAUUUUCGGGAUGUGAGAAACUUUCAAGUAUUAACAUUCCUCUCUCAGUUUGUAAAUUUGGCAAAAACUCAUUCAAUGGAUGCAAGCUAUUGCAAACAGUCUUUUUUGGCGAUAAUUUGAGUAUGAUUUCAGAUAAUUGUUUUGAGAACUGUAUCUCUCUAAGAACUAUUAGUUUUGUUGAUAUUAGUGUAAGUGCAAAUAUCAGUCAGUAUGCAUUCAGUGGAUGUAGUUCUCUAUCAUCUGUCACACUGAAAAAAGGAAUUUUGAGUCUUGAUAUGUUUUGUUUCAGUGGAUGCACAAGUCUUAAUAAAAUAAACAUUCCAUCGACAGUCGUUUUCAUCGGAACGAACGCAUUCCAGAACACGAACAUCGAAACUAUCACAUUUUCACCAGAUAGUCAUAUGCGUGUUCUUAACCAGUAUGUUUUCAGUGGAUGCAACACACUUCGAAAUAUCGAAAACAUUCCAAGUGGUAUCGAGUCCAUCGAAUCUAACUGUUUCGAGUUCACAAAUCUCGAAACAUUCACCGUUCCAGUCUGCACAGUCAGUAUCUCAGACUAUGCAUUCCGAGGUUGCACAUCUCUUCGUGUCUUCACUAUUCCAUCAGGUUGUCUUCUUAGUAAUAUCGGAAACUUCAUCUUCAGAGGAUGCACAUCUCUUAGUGUUAUCGAGUGUGAUCACAGCGAACACUUCGUUGUCGACAACGGUGCACUUUUCAACAAAGAACGAAGCAAUCUUAUCUACUUCCCUCCUGCAUCUUCGAUCAAGUUCUUCUGCUUCUCACAGAACGUCAAGAGUAUCUCAUCCAGUGCAUUCUUCGGAUGCAAGCAUCUUGAAGGUAUCAUGAUCCCAGACAACUCUAUCGAAACUAUCGGUUUCUCAGCAUUCUCUGAAUGCACAUCUCUGAAGUACAUCAACAUACCUCUCUGUGUGAAGACGAUCGAACAAAACGCAUUCUCAGGAUGCAUCAACCUUCACUGCGGUGUUAACAUACAGAACAAGACUCGUUCAUAUAUUGAUAACAUUGUUGUUUCUAGUGGUCUUAGUAUCAACUCUAUGAAAUCAUGUUCACUGAUCACAUGCAAACAAAUUCACUACCAAAAUCCUCUUUCAAAUUCACAUCUAUAUGUUUUCAUCCUAAUGUAA